AUGAGGUCUACGAGGCGGGUGACGACGGCUUUCUUGCUAAAGGAUCCCACGAAUACGAUCUCUGAUGGGAUACGGCCGCAGAUCCCACAAGUUCGGGUUCCAAACUCUUGCCAACAGAUCACUGAGUUGUUCAGUAACCAACACCAUGAUUGGGAAGCUUUGAGAAGUGUGAUACGAAAUGUCCCCAUCGAAGAGAGGUGGAACAAGAGAUGUUCCUUUGGCUCGUUUGUUGAGGUGAUAAAGGAUGAUAGUGUACGAGUUGGCAUAGUUACACGGCCACAGACCGGCCUGUUUUCGAAUACAGCCAUUUCUAUGGUCACAGCUGAAGGUGAUUCUGUAGAGUUUCAAGCUCAUGAAGUCUCUUUCCAUUUAGCAGGUCUAUUUGACAAGGAUACGCUGACAGAGGACGAAAUCCCGCUUCUAAUAUCAAACUUCAUGAGUGCAUCCAUAAGUCUUUUAAAAACACAUCAACAUUUGAUGCCUGUUAUCCAGGCGUGGUAUACAAAGGACUCACGGUCUGUUGAACUUGAUCUACUUUCGGUGCUUUCAUCCGUGCUAUUCCACUCAGGAAAGAGUAAGACACAGCAGGAGUGUCUCCUAUAUGCAAUUCAUAUGUAUAUUUGUUCCGAUCCUUUCAAUUUCAGAGUGCAACAGAAGUUAACGAAGCCCUUACUGUACUCUAUGACAAGUGAUUCCAUUCCGAUGACUUACUACUUUGCCAAUUCGAUGGACCUUGCAGAAGAUCUCAGGGAAGUGUCUCUGUUCGAAUAUCAAAUACUUGACGGCUUCAACUCCUGUUUGAAACAACUUGAUAACCAAGAGUCAAACAUAUUGCAAAAGUAUAAAGAAGCUAUGGAAAAAGACGAUGCCGGUUUCCUCGACAUUAACAUGAUUGUGACUUUCUUGAUGUAUUAUAAAAUAUACCCUCAUCCAUCACUGUCAUUCACGGUUUCACGUCUCUUAGGUAACGAAUUGCCUUGUUCCUCAAGUGGUGUGUCUCAAGCACUUGAACGUAUCGGGGUGUCAGACACAAUCUUUCCAUCAGAAAUACAAUACGAGCCGGAACCAACGUUGCUGAAAGAUAAUAUGAAACACAUCAGAGUUACAAAUACAUCAAAGGUGUACCUUCUUCCUUCAGAAAAGCUGGAGAAUUUGGGUCUCGACAUGUAUUCUGAACUUGGCAUCAGUCUGGAAAAGGAAAGAGAUUUUUGGAUGUUCAAUAUCCAUGUGCCUGAUGUUGGCUCACAAGUUCCGCAUAUCUCUAAAUCUAUUGGAGAUGUUUUGCAAAGAGUUAGUGAUGUUGAUCUUCAUACGAAAACUGAUUCCUUGUUUUCCCAUGACACGCUCAAGAGCCUUGCAUUUCAUAAGGACAAAGAAUGUCUUGCAUUCACAAUUUCUAUCAAGUAUCCACUUGGUACGGAUAAGCCCUGGUACAAGACAUCAACCACAGUGAGACUUGAAAGGCUAGUCAAUGUCCAAUACGUUCCACUCCAUGAUUUGAACGAACUAUGGAGAUCACGAUUCCCAAUUUUCAGUGAGCUCUUGAGUAUAUUCAUGUCCAACGAUUUUAGGACGCUAGAGUCUAAUGACCGGAAUAUACUGUUGAAUAUGAUUAACAUGAUUGACUACUGGUGUCUGAAGAGAGGGUAUGAAUGUUCGAUGGAUCAGCAUUUUACUAAAAGACCGGUAUCUUCAAGUUUCCAGUUCAUCGAAGGGGAGUACUCAAGUAACUUCCUGGACUAUGUUAAGCUAGAGCUUAGCACAAUUGCAUCGCAUCAUCUUCUGCAGUUCUCUUCGAAGCACAGCAUCCCCCAAAUAAUUCAGACGCAAGACGUAUUACCUCCUCUGGAAGACACUUUCCGAGUUCAAGCUUCUAAUCUUGUCAUCCCACAGUACGAUGCGCAUGGAUACAAUGAGCUCACGUUCUCGAAAGAUUCAUCAGGUUUGACUCCAAUCUCAAAUUAUCUGGCUGCUAUCUCUUUCCUUUCACCUGUAAAAGUUGGAACCACCACUGGGCCAUACGCAUCUCUUGGGCUUGAGGAUGGAUUUUGCGACAUUACAACCACAUUGAGUGAUCUUGAAUCAAUUGCUAAUCAAUGGCAAAUCAUCAGCUAUCUCCAAUCACAGUUUGUUGCUUCGCAGAGUGAUUAUAAAAUGGGCGUGUCCAGACUCUUCAUGAAGGGGUUUAAAAUGAAAUCCUCCUCUGAACUCCAAAGGUUCUACGAUAUCAAUAUAAGGCCUGCAAAAGAAGCCAAUGCCGAUUUACAACAAAGAGCUCGUAAGAACGCAAUUCUACGAGCUCUGAGAUCUGAGGACGAGGAAUCCUGGGUCUUCUUCAAAUGCAUUGUCCUGAGACAUUCGAAAUUCCCAGCACCUGCGAAGGCAUAUUGCUCCGAUUUAGGGAUUGAAGUUGAUGUUCUACUGUCUCAGGAAUUACCAGAGGUUCAUUGUGGUGAUCAUUUAAUCUGUAAUAAGGUGGUUUCUCUUACGAACGAUGAGUUGUGGUUACAAGUUUAA